UCUCAUCCUGUCAUUGCUAAAGCAUGGGAAAAGGUUUCUACAUAAGUAAAACUGUUGGGAUAGUAGGGCUUGUGUUAGCGGCUGGAGCGCUAGCAACAGUCAUCGCUCUCUCUGUGGUUUACUCCCAAGAGAAGUCCAAGAACAACGACAAUGAGGUUAAACCCACAGGUGCAGGAACAACAACAUCAACAACAACAUCAGUUCCAACAACAGUACCAUCCAAUGAACCAUGGGACAAGUGGCGCCUUCCUCAGACUCUUAGUCCAAUAACCUACAAUGUCACUCUGUGGCCGCGGCUCCAGCCAGAUUCAACUGGACUCUACAUCUUCACAGGGAUGUCCAGCGUGGUCUUCAGAUGUGUGGAAAAGACAAACCUCAUCCUCAUUCACUCCAAUAAGCUGAACAUGACAAAGGAUCCAACCUUGACAGCACUUGGAAGCAAGCCAGCUCCUGCCAUUGCAUCAAUUGUGAUGCACACAAAAACACAGUAUAUGGCAAUUCAUCUGAAAGAAGAAUUAACUGCUGGGGAAAGCUACGAGCUCUACACAGAAUUUGUGGGCGAGCUUGCGGAUGACUUGGGAGGCUUCUACCGUAGUGAAUACUAUGAGAAUGGAGUCAAAAAAGUGGUCGCCACAACCCAGAUGCAGGCAACAGAUGCCAGAAAGGCAUUCCCUUGCUUUGAUGAACCUGCAAUGAAAGCAGUAUUCCACAUCACUCUUUACCAUGAUCCAGCAACUGUAGCCCUCUCCAAUGCUGUUGUAAUAGAUGAGGUUAACAUCACAGUGAGUGAUACUCCUGUAACCAAAACAACAUUUGCACCAACAGAAGUAAUGUCGACAUAUUUGCUGGCAUUUAUUGUCAGUGAUUUUGGCUUUAUUGAACAAAACAUUGACCAUCUGCAGAUUCGAAUUUUUGCCCGUCAAGAAGCCAUAAACGCAGGACAAGGGCAAUAUGCACUCAGUGUUACUGGGCCAAUUCUCAAAUUCUUUGAGGAGUAUUACAGUGUCCCCUAUCCGCUGCCCAAAUCAGAUCAAAUCGCUCUGCCCGACUUCAAUUCUGGUGCAAUGGAAAACUGGGGCUUAAUCACAUACAGAGAGGCGACCCUGAUGUAUGAUGAAGAAGGGUCCUCAAAUGGAAACAAAGAGAGAAUUGUAACUAUUAUUGCACAUGAACUUGCCCAUCAGUGGUUUGGAAACCUUGUGACUCUCAGGUGGUGGAAUGACCUGUGGCUCAAUGAAGGUUUUGCAUCUUAUGUAGAAUAUCUUGGGGCAGAUGAAGCUGAGCCGGAUUGGAACAUUAAAGAUCUCAUCGUACUUAAUGAUGUGCACAGAGUUUUCGCAAUAGAUGCACUGGCCUCGUCUCACCCCCUGUCAUCUAAAGAAGAGGAGAUCCUAAGACCAGAGCAAAUUAGUGAAGUGUUUGAUACAAUUUCAUACAGUAAGGGGGCAUCAGUACUUAGGAUGUUAUCAACUUUCCUGACUGAGGCAGUGUUUACUCAAGGCCUCCAGACUUAUCUGGAUCAUUUUAAAUUCAACAACACAGUGUACACAGACCUUUGGGAGCAUCUACAAACAGCUGUGGACAACACCAGCACCAGUCUUCCCAAAACUGUGCAAGAGAUUAUGGACCGCUGGGUUCUUCAAAUGGGCUUUCCCGUGGUCACUAUUAACACUGCAACUGGCGAGAUUACACAGGAGCACUUCCUCCUGGAUCCUGAAACUAAACCAGACAGGCCAUCAGAAUUUAAUUAUGAGUGGUUUGUACCAAUUUCAUGGACAAAGAAGGAAGCAGCACAACCCCAAUACUGGCUGCUACAGAAAACUGACCUACAGAAUGACAUGAAAGCAAGUGGUGAUGAGUGGAUUUUGGCAAACAUCAAUGUGACAGGAUACUACAGGGUUAACUAUGAUAAUCAAAACUGGCAACGCCUGCUUAAUGUACUCCAGACUUCAAGACAGAGCAUUCCAGUUAUUAACCGGGCACAGUUAAUUGACGAUGCUUUUAACCUGGCCAAAGCAGGAAUUGUUGAAACAACAUUGGCUCUAAAAACCACACUGUUCCUAGCCUCUGAAACUGAGUACAUGCCGUGGGAGUCUGCUCUUGAUAACUUGGACUACUUUUACCUCAUGUUUGAUCGCACAGAGGUGUACGGCCCCAUGCAGAUGUAUGUUGGAAAACAGGUGAAAAAUUUGUUUGAUCACUUCACAAAUCUUACAAAUUGGGAGGAUGUGCCUCCAGGACAUACUGACCAAUACAAUCAAAUAAAUGCACUCAGAGUUGCCUGCAGCACUGGCCUUGAAGAAUGUACGACUCUAGUCACAACAUGGUUCCAUAAGUGGAUGGAAAAUUCAACUGUCAACCCUAUUAAGGCCAACUUGAGGUCUACAGUGUACUGCAGUGCCAUUGCUGCAGGUGGUGAGAAGGAGUGGGACUUUGCUUGGAAGGCAUUUGAAAAUGCCACUGUUGCUGCAGAGAAAGAUAAACUGAGAGCUGCUAUGGCAUGUGCCACCGAGCCCUGGUUACUGAACAGGUAUCUCAAAUACACUUUGGAUCCAGACAAAAUUCGGAAACAAGAUGCCACCUCUACCAUCACCAGCAUUGCAGGCAAUGUGGUUGGCCAGUCGUUGGCCUGGGAUUUUGUUAGAGCCAACUGGGAGUACAUUUUCAAACAGUAUGGAGGUGGAUCUUUCUCCUUCUCCAGUCUGAUCAAUGGUGUCACAAAGAGAUUCUCAACUGAAUUUGAAUUGCAACAGCUGAAGCAGUUCAGGGAUGACUACGCUCACAUAGGUUUCGGUUCAGGAACCCUAGCCAUUCAGCAAUCCAUUGAGAGGACUCAGGCCAACAUCAAAUGGGUCGAAAAGAACCAGCAAGCAGUCUUAGAAUGGUUCAAUAAUCCAUCGUAACUCUGAAAGAUUCACAUACUGCAGCUUGUUUGCUCUGAGGAGGAGAGGAACACUGGGACAUUGUUUUGUUUGGCCAAGAUGAGCAUUAAAGGAAAUGAUUAUUUAUUAUUGAUAAUGUUCUAAAUCCCAAUAUAUUCCAGUGCUACUUUCUUCCUAUGAUAUUGUACAGUAUACAAAUGUGUUUAAAGCAUGCCUUUUUGUGAUUGUCUGUUUUAAAUUGUACAAUGAUAAAAUAACUAAAUAUGCAAAUAGUACAUAACUCUUUGGUAUUUAUCAUUUUGAUAUUUGUCUAACGAAAAUAAAAACCUCAAUCCAUGAA